CAAAGAUUAAAGUAAAGUAUACAUGUAAUCAUGAAAACACAAGACAAAGCAGAUCUAAAUAAGAUCUUAAGAAGAAAGGAAUCAUAUAACUCUACUUCUUGACUUUAUUGCCCCACUUUUCUAUAUAUGAAUUGUCUUCUCUCUUUUCACCCCUCCCCCUCAGAAAAAUCUCAAGAUACCAACACUCUCCCUUACUCUAUAAUGGCUUCUAAGAUCUUCUUCCUCCUGUUUCUCCUCUUUCUGGCAUACCCUCAUCAACAUGCUUGUGUGAAUGGAGAUGCCACUUUGAUCAAGAGAACUUGCAAGAACACCAAGUUCUAUAAUCUAUGCUUCUCUUCCCUGAAAUCGGAUCCAAGUAGUCCAAACGCAGAUCCUAAGGGCCUAGCAGUGAUUAUGAUCGGAAUUGGAAUGAGCAAUGCCACCUCCACUUCUUCCUACUUGUCCUCCAAGUUGCUUAGUCCCUCCAACAACACAACCUUGAAAAGGGUCAUCAAGGAGUGUGCAGAUAAGUACACAUAUGCUGGUGAUGCUCUCCAAGCUUCAGUGCAGGAUUUGGUGAAUGAGGCUUAUGACUAUGCUUACAUGCACAUAACUGCUGCCAAAGAUUACCCAAAUGCUUGUCACAAUGCUUUCAAACGGUACCCUGCUUUGAGUUAUCCUCUAGAUCUUGCUCGCAGAGAAGAUGGUUUGAAGCAUAUCUGUGAUGUGGCAAUGGGGAUUAUAGAUAAUCUUGAUUGGUAGGUUUAUACAUUUCACUCUACCUUCCACUUUCUUCUGCAAACCAUCUUAGUUAUAUUAUAUCUCUGUUGUUAAGUUUGUCAACUUCGUAUCUUGUUAUGUUCUUGGUAUAAUAUAUAAUUAGACAUAAAAGGACUAGUUUUAUUUGAAUUUAA